AUGGCGCCCACCCAGAAACAACCCGUCUAUGUCCUCGGCGUGGGUAUGACCAAGUUCAUAAAACCCCGCGGCAAGGUCGACUACCCGGAGCUGGGCUUCGAAGCCGGCGUCAAGGCCAUGCUCGACGCGCAGAUCAAUUACGACGACGUCGACCAGGGCGUCGCAUGCUACUGCUACGGCGACAGCACCUGCGGCCAGCGUGUCUUCUACCAGUUCGGUAUGACGGGUAUCCCCGUCUACAACGUAAACAACAAUUGCUCAACCGGCUCGACGGGGCUGUACAUGGGGCGCAACAUGAUUGCGCAUGGCGCCAGUGACUGCGUGCUAGUCGUGGGCUUCGAGAAGAUGUUCCCAGGUAGUCUGCAGACGUUCUUCCAGGAUCGCGCGAACCCAACGAGCACGACGAACUUAGUAAUGAAGGAGACGAGGGGGAUCACGAAGGCGCCUGGUGCGGCGCAACUGUUCGGCAACGCAGGACGAGAGCACAUGGAGAAAUACGGCUCGAAGCUCGAAGACUUUGCGGAAAUUGGCCGCAUCAACCAUGCCCACUCCAAGAACAACCCUUACUCCCAAUUCCAAGACGAAUACACCCUCGACCAGGUCCUCAAAUCCACCAUGAUCCACGAGCCCCUCACCAAGCUGCAAUGCUGCCCUACUUCCGACGGCGGCGCCGCCGCCGUCCUCGUCUCGCAAUCCUUCCUCGAUGCCCGCCCCCACCUCAAGAAGCAAGCCAUCCUCAUCGCAGGUCAGUGCCUCGCCACCGACACCCCGCAGCUCUUCAACCGCUCCGCCAUCGAGCUCGUCGGCUUCAGCAUGUCCGAACUCGCUGCCAGAACGGCCCUCGCCGAGGCCAAGACGGAUCCCAAGGACGUCCGCGUUUGCGAAGUGCAUGACUGCUUCUCCGCCAACGAGAUGGUCACCAUCGAGGCUCUCGGUCUCGCGGCAAAGGGAAAAGCCCAUGAACUCAUCAGAAAAGGAGGCAUUACGUACGGGCCCAACUCCCAGGUGGUCAUCAACCCCUCGGGUGGCCUCAUCUCAAAGGGGCACCCCCUCGGCGCAACAGGCCUUGCGCAAUGCGCGGAGCUCGUGUGGCACAUGCGUGGGUGGGCCAACAACCGCAGCGUGAAAGACACCAAGGUCGCUUUACAACACAAUCUCGGGCUUGGCGGGGCCGUGGUGGUGACGGUGUACAAGCGCGCUGAUGGGAGUGCGGCGACAGAUGUUAGUAGCGAGGAGGUGGGCAAGAUCAAUGGGCUCGGAUAUAAUCCUGCAGUUGUAGCGAAGGGGUUUACGAAGGAGCAGGUUGACAGAGUGCGGAGCAAGAAAGCGAGGAGUGAGUGGGCGCUGCAGGAUACGGAGCAGAAGGUGGAGGCGAGGUUUUAG